UGGAAAUUCCAACCGGAUGCUUCAGAUUUACACAUCCGGUGAAACAUCUGGUUCCUUGUUCUAUGGUUUCCACUAGUUACCAAAUCCACAAAGUCAAAAUAUGUUCAUACUUAAGGUUAGCACUGUGGUUAAGGUUUAAACCACGUUUCUUUGUUGAAAUUGUAGAAUAGGUUCCGUGUGGCUCAGUUGGUAGAGGUUGGUGCUUGUAACGUCAGAGUUGGGCAUUCGAUUCCCACGGGGGAACAGUACAAAAAGAAUUCAAAUGAAGAAGCACUCCAGUCAACAAGAUGAAGAACAAACCUGGGAAAAAGCAACACAACAAAACCAAGAGGACUAAACACCAUCGAGACCUAAUCAAAACAGAGUUUGGAACACAGUCAGAUGAUGUUGACUGCAAUCGAGAAGAACCAGACAUUAGUCAAGCACCCUACAUUACUAAAGGAGUUUGUAUUAGCUCCAUCCAAAUCAAAGAGGAACCAACAGACUUUGAACAGCAGGGAAUGGGAGAGGAACAAAACCGUUCAGUUCCUUCCUUCCAGAAGAAGCACAUCAAACAUCAAAAUACAUCCAAUCCAAUGACCGGGUGUAGCCAGAUAUCAAGGAGUCCUAUGGUGAUGCUAACAAGAUUGUCUAAUGUAAGAAGAGUUCCCAACAUGUGACGGUUAGUAACUAGAUAAGAGUGUUUUGACUUUUGGUUCAUGCAUACUGUGGUUUCUUCAUCUUUCUAAUCCAUAAGGUGGUGGUUAAGACUCUUCUGCGAGACACUAAAGUGUGUUUGGUGAAGGAGGAAAACCCAGAUGAGCCCGAUGGCGAAUGCAAAUGAAGAGGAAGACCUAGACAAUAACCAAUCGACAAGAUUAAGAUCAAACCUUGGAAAAAGCAACACAAUAAAACCAAGAUGACUAGAAGUCAUCGAGACCCCAUCAAAACAGAUUGUGAAACACAGUCAGAUGAUGUUGACUCCAGUAGAGAAGAUUCAGACAUUGGCCAAGCCCACUCUCUCAGCAGUAAUGGGUUUACUUUCAACAUCAUCCAAAUCAAAGAGGAGGAAACAGACUUUGAAGUGCAUGAAACAAGUGAGGAACAUAACGGAAUCACAUCAAAUUAUCACUUGGAUUCUAGAGCACUCAACCAGGAUUCUGGAACCAUUAAAACCAAGACUGAAACAGAUUCUGUUUACAUUAGCCAAGGAACGGUGGAAAUUAAGACUGAGCAUGAUUCUGAAAUCAGAGUGGUUAAGACAGAAACUCUAGUGUACUCCCCCUCACACAGCUGCCCCCACUGCAGUUGUAUGUUCCACACACCACAGCAGCUACUUGUCCACACCUGCCAGGUCGUGAAUUCUGACAACAUUGUGGAUUUUUUGUUGAAGACCCCGUUUAAUUCUUUGGAGUCCACAGAAAAGUUGCGAAUUAAAACAGAGGGUCGACCUCUGCCUGAAAUCAAGUACAUAAGGAAGGAUGACAAAGUGAGGAGGGCGUUCAAUACCAACUGGUAUAAAAAGUAUCAAUGGCUAACAGGUAGUCUUUCAUCAAGCCGCUUGUAUUGCUGGCCUUGUCUGCUCUUUGGAACGUUUGAGCCUUGGGCUAAAGGGGGGUUCAGUGACCUGAAGAACAUUGACCGUUCAGCUAAACGGCAUGACGAAUGCCGGGAGCAUCUCAACUCCUACGCGAAACUCAAGCUUUUGGGACACCCGAGUCAUCAUGCCAAUCAUUCACUCAAUGAAGGCCUGCGUAUUCAAGCUGCGCAACACAACGAAAAGGUCAGAAGAAACAGGGAUGUUCUCAAACGCCUCAUUGACAGCAUUGCAUACUUAGGAGAGUUGGCUUUUAGGGGGCACGAUGAGACGGAAAGUUCCGCUAACAAAGGCAACUACAGGGAAUUGGCAGAGGUAAUCGCGCGGUAUGAUGCUUUACUUGCUCAGCAUAUGGAAUCUUCAACUGUGUUCACUGGAAUGUCAAGAACAAUUCAGAAUGACUUGAUAACUGCUAUCGCAUCAUCAAUUAAAAGUGAGAUUAAAAGCGAAGUUGACGCUGCUCCAUUUUUCUCAUGGCAAAUGGAUGAAACUACAGACCAUUCGCAGUUGUCUGUCAUUGUCAGGUAUGUGGAUGAUAGGGGGUGUGUCCAGGAGCGUUUCUUGGGCUACUUUGAUGUGUCAGCUGGGCGAGAUGCACAGUCUGUGUUUGAUCUAGUGAAUUCGGAGAUGUCAGAGUUGAACUUUGUGGAGAAACUAGUCGCUCAAACAUAUGAUGGCGCUGCUGUAAUGGCUUCUGAUUUAAAUGGUCUGCAAGCAAAAGUAAGAGCUGUAGCUCCGAGGGCCACCUUUGUGCAUUGCUAUGCACAUCCCCUCAACUCCGUAUUAAGCCAGAGCGUGAAGUCUAUGCCCAAGACCAAGGUUUUCUUUGCCACACUGGGUGGCUUCGCAACUUUUUUUUGUAAGUCCACCAAUAGAAUGCUGCUAGAAAGGGCCGCUUGUGCAAGUUUGCCCAAAAACGCACCAACACAUUGGAAUUUCACGUCCAGAGUCGUUAACACGGUGGCAAAAAACUUUGAGCAUCUGUUGGACACAUUCACAGGUAUCACAGAGCAUCCUAACAUGGAUGAUGACACGAUUUUCGAUGCAAAUGGGUUCAAGACCCAGUUGGAAGAUUUUCAUUUUAUUUUUUUACUUCUCACUUUUGAAUAUAUAUUUGCUUGCACAGAUGUGGUUUUUGACAGUGUGCAACAUAAUGCCAUGGAUGUAGAACUUUGUAAGAGGAGGAUUGAGAAUCUUAUGCUCAAGAUAGAGGAGCACAAAUCUGAAGAAGAAUUUAGUGCUAUAUAUCAGAAGGCUUCGAACAUGACAGAUGAUCCAGAGUUGAUGCACGGAAGGAAGCGAAGGCAGGGCACGCAGGAUGUAAUGCAGAUGUACAAAUCACUGUACGAUUCAAUCCAUGACAACAUCAAGACACAAAUAGCACAGAGGUUCCAAAGCCUGGACAGCAGGAGAUACAUGGAGUUGUUAGAUGAUGAGAAAUUUGAGUCAUUCCGGAGUGAAUUCCCUGCAAAUGCAAUGGAAAGCCUGUCCCAGAGCUAUGGGUGUUUUUUCAACAUGGAAAAACUGAAAACUGAGCUGCAAGUGUUCUACUGUGGUGAGGAGCUUCAAGGGAACAGUCGAAAACUGUGUGACAGAAUCUUGCAUUUCAAGGGGUGUGGAUUGAAUGAAGUGAUGCCUGAGGUGUACCGGUUCAUGUGCCUAGUUGCAACUAUAGGGGCAACGUCAGCGGGCGUGGAGAGCAGAUUUUCUCGUCUGAAGAGGCUGAAAAGCUACACAAGGAACACCAUGGGACAAGAGCGACUCAGGAACCUGGCAAUCCUAUCCAUAGAAAGGAGAAUUCUUAAAUCACUACAGAAGAAUCCUCACUGGUAUGAGAGGGUCAUUGACCAGUUUGCCAACCAGACUAUGAGAAGAAUGGACUUUAUAUUCAAGUGAUUGAGACCGGAUGGUGGAAACUCCCUGAACUACUGCAAGGGAGUAUAAGGUCCCAUGAUGCCAGUGAUGUCUUAAAAGCAGAGUGUAGGUCAUGUUUGUAAGCAUGUGCACAUGUCCACAACCUCUCAUUCUUCCUCUGGAGACCUCAACCCUUCUCAUGCACUGCAGUCAGCGUUGACUAAAGCUGUCAGUGUCAUCGAAAGAUGUCAAACAAACUGACCGCUGCUGCUGCUGCUGCGGCUAAAGAACAUUAAAACUUUGACUAUUUUGGUGAAUGCCGGUUUUCCUUUUCUAGUUUAUAUGCCUUUUGGACCCUGCACCCAAAGACUUAUUUGAACUGUUAAGUUGCGCAUGGUUCUUGAUUUUGUGUUGUAUUUUGUAGAUAUUAUGGAUCCCCAUUAGCUACUCUUCCUGGAGUCCAGCAAAAUUUAAGGCACUUAUAACAUUUUUGUAGUUGAUUAACAAGGGAAAAGUGAUGCACAAAUGGUUGUAUAUGCCCGACUUACUGCCUGGGGAUGACAAAAGUGACAAUGAUUGCUGUAAAUGAAGUAUGUGAAAGAGGA